AUGUCAGCAGCUCCGCUUCGAAUCGCAGGUGCUACUGCAGCAGUAGCAUUAACUGGUUUCUUGGGAUAUGCAGUUUACUUUGAUUAUAUGAGAAGGAAUUCUCCUGAAUUCAGAAAAGGUCUUAAAAAACAACAUAAGAAAUUAGCAGUAGCUGCUGAAGCUCAAUCGAAAGCUGAAAAAGAGAGGAAUUCAAAACAACUUCGAGAAGCUUUAGUUUUACUUCAAAAUGAACCUACACCUUCAUCACCCGAACAACAAGAAGCUUACUUCCAAGAACAAGUUGCUGAAGGUGAAAAAUUAGCUACUAUGGGACCUGAAUAUCAAGUCCAAGCAGCUUCUCAUUUCUACAGAGCUUUGAGAGUCUAUCCUCAACCAAUCGAACUUUUAGGUAUCUACCAAAGAGUUGUCCCUCCUCCCGUGUUCGCAUUACUCAUUGAACUCACAUCACUUACCGGUGCAGCUGCCGCUACUGGAGGUGGUGCAGGUGCUAUACCAGCUCAAGCCCAAGCUUCAGUAGCUGAUAUCGAUGAUGCCUCUCCAACUGGAGAUGCUCCAAGUCCCAAUAGCGCAAGUCAAGGAAGUGGAGCUGACUGGGAGAAAUUGAGCGAGGAAGCUGCAUGA